CACUAAAGAGUAGUCGCGCUUGGAUCGCCGAUAUAACCGCUGCACUUUCUCAGUCUGUUAUCUCGAAAUUUGAAGAUGUUUCACAUUGUAGCGCCACUCGCUGAUAACAAAUCGCAGAGCGGUUGCUCUCACACUCACGCUAAAGUGGCUAACGUUAGCAUGGCUGCAAGCGACACUUAAAAAAAGCGCCGUAAAUGGUCAUUUGUCUACCAGGUUGAUCACUUGACUGGCACAAGGACUUUAUACCUCAGGUGGACACCAUACAGCGGUUCCAAGAUCUGUUCUUCUCUGGCCCAGGUUCAGACUUAAUAGUCUAUGGCUCUGAUGGACAAACAUAAACAGGUCAAGCGACAGCGACUUGACCGUAUCUGUGAAGGUAUCCGUCCCCCCAUCCUAAAUGGGCCGAUGCACCCGCGCCCACUGGUGGCCCUGUUGGACGGGCGUGAUUGCACUGUAGAAAUGCCCAUUCUGAAAGAUGUGGCUACGGUGGCUUUCUGUGACGCCCAGUCUACACAGGAGAUACACGAGAAGGUGUUAAAUGAGGCGGUGGCGGCUCUGCUAUAUCACACCAUCACUCUGUCGAGAGAUGAUUUGGAAAAGUUCAAAGGCCUCCGAGUCAUUGUCAGGAUUGGUUCUGGCUUCGACAACGUUGAUGUCAAAGCAGCUGCGGAGCUUGGAAUUGCGGUGUGCAAUGUGCCCGCGUCAUCGGUGGAAGAAACAGCAGAUACAUCACUAUGUCUAAUCCUCAACCUGUACAGGCGAGUCACAUGGAUGCACCAGGCCCUCAGAGAGGGGACACGCGCUUCUAGUGUGGAGCAAAUCAGGGAAGUGGCCGGCGGUGCAGCUCGUAUUCGGGGUGAGACCCUGGGCAUAAUAGGUUUAGGUCGUGUUGGCCAAGCAGUGGCUCUGCGUGCCAAGGCUUUCGGUUUUGGUGUCAUCUUCUACGACCCCUAUUUGCCGGACGGUGUGGAGCGCUCCCUGGGUCUCCAGCGCAUGGCCACCCUCCAGGAUCUGCUCAUCCACUCUGACUGUGUAUCGCUGCACUGCAGUCUGAAUGAGCACAACCACCACCUCAUCAAUGACUUUACCAUCAAACAGAUGCGUCAGGGAGCCUUUCUGGUGAACACAUCACGAGGAGGUCUGGUCGAUGAAAAAGCUUUGGCCCAAGCUCUGAAGGAGGGCCGGAUACGAGGUGCAGCCCUGGACGUCCAUGAGACAGAACCCUUCAGUUUCUCAACAGGUCCACUUAAGGAUGCACCGAACCUUAUCUGUACCCCCCACACUUCCUGGUACAGUGAACAGGCGUCUGUAGAAGCUCGAGAGGAGGCAGCCAGGGAAGUACGCCGAGCUAUCACUGGCCGUAUCCCCGACAGUUUGAAAAACUGUGUGAAUAAAGAAUACCUGAUGGCCGCCUCUCAGUGGCCGAGCAUGGAGGCUGCCGCGGUUCACCCAGAACUGAAUGGGGCUACUUACAGAUUUCCACCUGUUCUGAUCAAUGCUGCAGCAACAGGGGGUCUCCCGGGGGCUGGCGCUGGAGUGGAAAGUCUGGUUUCAGGAACUCUGGCACACGGCAUCGCCCCUGUCUCCCACCCCCCACACGCCCCCUCCCCGGGUCAACCUACCAAGGCAGAAGCCGACAGAGACAUCCCAUCUGACCAAUAGCCCCUUCCAACGUGGCUCCCAGCACAUUCCGUCACCCCUGGAAACCAACCCCGUACCCCCACCUCACCCCAGUCCUCUUCCACAACACCCUGAAACCUGAUGUGGACUCGUGUGGUCUUCAGGUCACUUACUGAACACAGGAUGCAGCCAUCUACAUCACAGCUAUUUACUCAGAACACUCCCCUCCCCCGUGCUCAUCCCCGUGUCACUCACCCUCUAGCCUAACACCUUCUCCCCCCUCCACCCCCCCAACAUCAGCAAUAAUUGUUCUCAAGGAUUUAAUGGUCAUAUUGGUGUUUUUCCUCAGUUGGCUGUUGUCCUGAUUGGGUCGAGGUUAAACUAAUGACAUGGCGCUCCUCAGUCUUGUGUCGUCCUGACAGACUCGCCUGAAGAGGCACAACACAGUGAGGGCCGAGUCCCGUCAUCCCAGCGUAUAUCAUUGGCUCUUGUUACUGCUUUCUUUGACCGUCUCUCCCCCAACCUGCUUUUCUGGGAUCUAGUGGGUGAAGAAGAAAAACAGGAUUUCAGCUCCAACCUUUGCCAGUUUUCCUUAAACUCUCCCUCACGAUGGAGAAACCUGACUUACUUUCUGCUGUACCUGCCAACAGCGGUAGUGCUGAGGGUUCAAGGCGACAUCGAUGCGACUGGUUCCUAAGAAGAAGCGUAGCAUGUUCAUGGCUCUGCCAGCAGGGGGCGCUGCGUGAGCACUUAUCUCAGCCGGAGAGAGGGAGUCAGAGGUUCAGUUGAAGGACACGAUCACUAGCUGCCAACAUCGAAAUCGCAGGCACCACUUCAGAUCUUGGACGUCAUCCCACUGCCCCCCCUCCCACACUCACCACCCUCCCUCCCACACCCUGCAGGUUGUAGUUCCCACUAGGAUGUCAGAGGACAUUUCCUUGCAUGCUGACUUGGUCGAUGACAGGUGUGUGUGUGUGUGUGUCUCUGUGUGCAAGCGUGUGUGCGUCUGAGUUUCCUCCUGCAGUGUGAUAACAAGCCGCCGUCUUUCCAAAGGAACAGUCCCUACAAGUCACUCUUAAAAGCUGUUGCCCCGGUGUCGAGGGAACACCAAACUAGUACCUCAGUAACAGAUAUUGAAUGUACUGUGCAUACCCUUUUUCUUUUUGUACAGAUUUUCUAGAUACUUCGUAACUAUUCUUGGGUUCUGAAAUCGUAGCAGUAUGAAAAACAUGGCCCCAUGAAAGAAAUUGACAAAACUCAGGCGUCAAGACCGACGUGGAUCUCUUUGCCUUUACCUUGUAACGUGUAACUCAGCACAACCUCUCACCAAACUUCGUCAGGGUGUUUCGACCUCUCCGUCUUACUGGCUUCAACCGAGAACACGAGAAAGGUGGAUGUUGUGGUCUGUUAGAUUUCUUCAGUAGAAUGUUAGUCGUAGUGGUAGAUGCUGUUUCCUGAUUUGGCCCUUUUUAUUGUCGAGCUGCUCUAACUGUAGUGCAUGUAAGGUCAUUUUUAUGGGGAAAAAAAACGUUUGACUCAAAAAAAACAAACAAAAAAAAGUGUCAUCUUGCUGUUUCCUUCUGCUCUUCCGGCCUCAUGGAGUGUUUUCAGCCCAUUUUGUUGUGGUCAGUCUCAAGUGAUGUACAGUUUUACCCCUCAGAGUCUAUGAGCGGCGCGGAGCAUGUCCGCGUCCUGAGAUGCUAGGCUCCUCUGUUAUGUGACGAGUAUAUAUUUUUAAAAAAAAUAACCCCCAUAGUUCUGAUGAUGAGCGUCAUAGUAAUCUUAAAUUUUGCUGACGACUAUAUAUAUAUUUUUUGUUCAGCAGUGCACUGUUAUUGAAACUGUUUUGUUGUAGGAUUUCUAUGACUUUGCUGUGUGUUCUACAUGUUGUACUGAAACAUUUCAGAAAGAGCCCCGCCCAUCCCCAUCCUCAUCCUCAGCAUCUUCAUCAAGGUCUUUAUCCUCGUGUCGUCCCCCAGCUGCUGUCCUCUGGGCCUUACUUAUCAUUCUGUCCCUGUAGCUCUUAUAUCAAGCCGCCAUGGAACCACUCACUGCCUUAAACAGUUGACCACAGCAGGUGAAGUCGGGAGACGCACCCGGAUGAAAAGAGUACGAGCUAAACACUGAGUAAAGAAUCCUCUAUCGUCCCUGUUUAGACAGUUCAGGUGUCGGCAACAAUGCGUUUGCUGAAGCACAUCUAGUGUGCAACCUUUCACUCCUGGGUGUGGAGACGCCCCAUCCGCCGCCACCGUCAUCGCCGACGGCUCGUGACUGGGGCGUCAGAUGGAAAAAAAAAGGUGUCGUCCUUCAAAAAAAAAACAUGUUGACUCGGUCACUUCUCUCUCAGGGUUCAAAUGCACACAUAUCUUUUAGCAGUCGCCCAGCGUCUUACAUCCCAAGCCCUGCCCCAAGACAUCAGAGCUUUUGUUGACCCCCCCCGAUUUCCCUCUCGUGCACCGGUCCUCUACCUUUUCUCUCUGUGUUGCUUUCUUUUGGCACUGACAUCUAACCAUCUAACAAACAAAGAAUGAAUGAGCGGACGUGCAACGGUGACUGUGUUAUGUUCAAAUUAGGAAAUGUAUUUUUACAACAUGUAAACGUGUUUUUUUCCCCACCAACUCUCAUUUGUGAUUUUUUUUUUUUUUUUUUCACCAGACUGCAAAAACAAAACACAAAAAAAUGUCCUGUAACUAGGCUCUUAAGCUUUAUUUUGUUUUGUUUACUUUUUUAUUAGAAACAAUCAUGUUUGUGAUGAUAACUUCCAAUGGUAAACUCCACACCGUAUUUUAAUAAAAUCUUAAAAUAAGGCUUCUUUCUCUUCCUCUCCAGCUUUCUCUUGGCUCGAGUAGGGAUUUUGUUGUAAACAAAGAUGUUUACCAGGGUUCUUUUAUUUGGGGACGCGGUGCCAGCGCAGCCACUGUUUUACAAGUCGGCGAGCUGGAAAGGGGGUGUUCUGCAUUAACCCACAGGGUGGAGAGGUGGGGGAAUUAUCAGCCUUGAAAUUGCUUCCACAUGCGCUCUUCAAGGACUCUGGGGAACCUGGAACCACUGGGCCAAUGCAGGCGCUGAGUGUGUGGCUCCUGAUCUUUGCGGUCCAGGAGAGGUUGGCGAAGUCGGUGGCAUAGGAGUGGAGCCCUCAGACCUCACGGCAGAGCCUCACCAAAGGGAGCCACACUUGUGCUCCCUUGUUGAGUCUUGACUCUUGGGCUACUAAAGGAUCAGACCAGGUCCACAUCCUGGAGUCUGUUAGCUGCCUUGGCUCUUGGAAAGCUAUUUUCUUGUUCUGCUUUCAUGCAACAUCAUCAUAUCAGCCAGUAAAUAUUGCUCUGCAACAGCGGAAGCUCUUGUUGUAGUUCAUAUUAGUUCAGCUCAUUGUUGGACUGUGGGCGAUGAUUUUUCAGAGCUACGAUGUUGGACUUGUCUCUUAUGAGCUCGAUGUUAGAUAAUGAGUCAAAAAUUCAAGUCAUUCCACUUGACGCCUUGUGUCAAACUCAAGGCCUGUGGGCCAAAUCUGGCCACUACGUACUGUCUGUGGCCCAUGUCACCUCAUUUUGACACAGUUAAAACGGUUGCGCUAUGUCCUCAGUUCCGGUCACCUUUCAUGACCAGGAAGUUGACAACCUCCUGCCACUAGAUAGCGCUAUUACUCAUCCGGAGUCUUCAUUUCAUGGAGAGAAACCGCUGUGACUUCCGUGUUUGGAGUCUGUGUUGGCGAUGAAAGACGAGAAAGAAUAGUAUGAAAAAUUAUUUUUCAGUCCGCUCUACACAUUUUUAAAUAUCGCUCUAUGACGCCGCCGAUCUCCAGUCCAUCUUCUGUUUAUAUGUCGUGACUGUGAAAGAUAAGUCGGCGUUUGGGACAUUAAGCGAAAUGCCAGUAUUGCGCCUCGCUGAGCGACGGCCAGGUUAUGUAACCGGGUGAGGAUGCAUGUUUCAGUAGUUUAAGGAGGCCCAGGAUGUAAAUUUUAACAGGCCUGUCUUCCACACACACUUCAAACGGACUCCUCAAGUCCCACUCCGAAUUGUGCAACAAAGUUCAGCAGAGCAUCUCCACGUCCCUCAUGCAGCAGUCGUGCUAGCGCUCACGCUGGGCAGCCGUAUUGGUUUGCUGAAGCCACCAGAUCACUGUCAUAGCUCUGCUGCAGCUGCUGCCGCUUUGGUUCUGAGGUGCAUUUUUCACUAAGCUCUUAAAGGCCUUUGAUAACCUUCAAUAUGGGCCGGGGAGGUCAGGAAGUGUGUGUUUACAGCAGUGUGCGGAUGUCUGAGUGAUGAAUUGGUCUCCUGAUGGACGGCCUGUCCCGCUUGGAGGGGUUUUUACGACCGGCCCCCGUCCCUGUGCGAGUAAAUAUUUGCUUUUGGUUGUCAUCUUUGUUAUAAUCAUCAUAAAAUUUGUGAUUCAUCUGUUGCGUAACCAUCCAAGAAUGACUUUGGAAACUCGCCAAACCACUUCAAAUCGAACAUCUAAAAUCUGGUGUCGGAGCUAAGCUUCAAGUCCAACCUGAAAAAAAAAGUGAGUGGCUAUAGGUGUGCUAGCUGCGGCGCCAUUCAGAAAACCUAGCUUGUUGUUCAGUGGCCAGGAUGGACACUUGACUUUCACCUUCAACUUCCAUCAUUUUAGUGUUUUAUUUUGAAUUAUAUCCUAUGGCCAAAAAAAAAAAGAAAAAAGAAAUGCAGCUCCAGAGCUGGAUUCUAACCCUGAACCUUCUUGUGAAGGGCAGCAGUGCUCACCUUUGCUCCACUGCGCCGCCCAUUCAAAAUAAUAUUACAUUUACUUAAAUAUACAACAUUCUUGUGCUCAGUUCUGGUCCCGGAUAUUUACUGCUGAUGCUGAAAAGGAGUGAAAGCUU